AUGUUGAAUCGUGUAUUCUUCUAUUCGAGCAAGAGACGAAAAAAAAACGACUUCAGACCAGAUUGUCUAGAAAACACUGUUGUCGAACAAGGAAAUGAUGAAUAUGAACCAGAAAAUGAUGAGGAGACAACCUAUCCGGAUGAUGAAGGAGAUUACGAUACUUCGAUAGGAGUAGUGGCGGAGAACAUCAACGUGGAGAAUUUCGAAGAGGACUUGGAUAUCAAUAUGGAUAUCGGAACGGAAAACGAAGAAAAUGAUACAUUAACAGAUGCCGGCUCAAGUUCGCGGAAUAAGAAAUAG